AUGCUUUCGUUAUGGCCCUUGCUUGCCGCGCUCGUAUCUCUCUCCAUUAGCUCAUACGCAAAGUCAAGCACAGGCGACUCGGUGCUUGUUGUGCUCGACCCGAGCCUACAGAGAGACAACUUCUCCAUAUUCUUUAAAGGGUUGGAAGCAAAUGGCUACGAUCUCACAUUCCGCGCACCAAAGGAUGUGCAGCCUGCUGUCAUACAGGACGAUCACGCUGAAUUCUCGCAUGUCAUCCUCUUCGCGCCGGAGGCCAAGAGUCCGUGUUAUUCACAAGACAUUACACCCCAGAGUCUCGUAACGCUCCUCGAGAAAGGCACAAACCUCUUGGUAGCCCUAUCGACAAAACAAACACCCUUAACAUCACUUGCUGCCGAGUUUUCUCUCAUUCUCCCUCCAGCGGGAACACCACUCGUUUCACACUUCCCCGAGAGAGAUACCCCCUCGACUGUGGUGCCCGUCAACGUUUCUGUCAACCCUGUUGUCCCAUCGUCACUGCCUCCGGUCUGGUUCUCUGGUACUCCAUUUGCGUUUGGCAACAACCCACUACUGGUGCCUAUUCUGAAUGCUUCACCUGAAAGCUUUGCAGCCGACUCUGACCGCGACUCGGGAGCAGACGCUGUGUACGAUGCUGCGGAGAAGGGCGGAGAAGGGUUCUGGGCAGGCAGCUCUCUCGGGCUGGUCGCGGGAUUCCAGACGCUUGGUGGUGCUCGUGCAACGUGGGUGGGCGGGAUAGAACUGUUCAGUGAUGAGUAUGCCGAAAAGACUAUUGGGGGUAUCAAGUCUGGUAACGAGCCAUUCGCCGCGGACGUAGCAUCCUGGACCUUCCAAGAAUCCAACGUUCUGAGAAUUGAAAGCGUGGCUCACCACCGUGUCAAUGAGACCCUUCCGCGGGAGACGUACACCAUCAACGACCACGUUACGUUCUCGGCGCAAGUGUCAAAAUACAAUCCAGAAACGUCAGCAUGGGAGCCGUAUUCUGGCAUCAGUGAUCUGCAACUCGAGUUCACUAUGCUUGACCCUCACAUCCGCACUUCGUUGAUACCGGUCCCCGGUGAACCUGGCAAGUAUUCAGUGACGUUCCGCGUCCCUGAUAGGCAUGGUGUUUUCAAGUUUGUGCUGGACUAUAAGCGCAAAGGCUGGAACUUCUUGGAAAGCACAACCGUUGUGCCAGUUGUGCCCCCUCGGCAUGACGAAUACCCUCGAUUCCUUAGCCCUGCUUGGCCCUAUUACGCGGGGGCCAUCAGUACUAGCAUCGGCUUCCUAGUUUUCUCCGCUCUAUGGUUGACCGGCGAUAACCAAGAGCAGAAGAAGUCAAAGAGUGCAAAAUCGGAGUAA